AUGUGCGGCACCGACUGCUUCUUGAUGCUCCUCAGCGUCCUCUUCCCACCUAUUGGAGUAUGGGUCAAGCGCGGCAUUUGUGGCGCAGACUCCCUCAUCAACAUCGCACUUUGCUGUCUAGGUGUGCUGCCCGGCCUGCUCCACGCUUGGUACAUCAUCCUCAAGCACCCGGAGACGUAUGAGCCACAAGCCUACCAGCAAGUGCCUGACGGCGAGCGCGGCGACGGACGAACCACGUAUUAUGUUGUGACGCACGAGCAGCCUGGGCGACGAGGCCAGCCAAUGCACCCCACAAGUUAUGGAACUGUCGGUGCGCAGCCGAGCAGUGGACAGUUCCCCGGACAGCAACAAGGCUUUGUGCAGCAGAAGCAGGAUAAGGUCAGGGCGAAGCAGGACAAGAAGGGUGCGCAGCUAUCGAAUCAGGGUCAAGGUGGACAAGGAAGUUCGAGUCAACCUGAAGGUCCGCCGCCAUCCUAUGCAGCUGCCAUCAAGGGAGAUCACAAGGUUCAGAACCCAUAG